UGUGGCACUGACUCUCUGGCUACCGGGAGUGAGAACGAGUGCGGGAGUGAGAGGGCCGAAGAAGGCGGAGGGACAGUCGCGGUGUUUGUGUGAAGUGAUCACUACCACGUCCUCGGGGACCUCCGCAACGUUUUAAUAGUGAUUUUGUAAAUGAAUAAUAACAGACUUUGAAAAGAAAUUCUGCCACUAAAUGUACUAAGGGAUCAAAUCAGAAUUCAUAAAAAAAAAACACGUAUCCUUAAAGUUAAGGGCUGUGCAAAGGUUUUCCGUCUAUCGCUGAGCGUUCAAGUAACUUCAUUAAUAUAACACGCGCAUCCACUUGCACUGGUCUGGUUAAGUGAGAGUGGUGCUGAAACGUUGAUCAUUUGUUAACACAUUUUUUCAGUGAUAAAAUAUUUUUCCCCGAUGGAAGUCAUUGCAUUCAUAUUGGAAAAUGAUUCGGAAAUAGUUUGCGUCUGUCUUUUAUAAAGUUAAAAAAUGAGCAAGCUCCUUUCAUCAGCAAAUGACAUUCGUGGUAGUGGCCAGUCCCACACAAUAGACACCAUUUAGGUUUAAUUAAAUUGAAUCCACCUCUACAUAUUUGGCGAUCAAAACCCGUAACGAUGUGUCAUUUCAAAGAAGAAAAGAAUGUGGAACGCUAAUGCCAUCGUGAUGAGGCUGGUCAUUUAAAUCUUCGAUACAAACGCGUUCGAAUGACAAAAAAUAUGGCGACACCAAGGACAGUAGUAGUUUCCACAUUGCAUAUAACCCUUAGCCAUAACAUGGCGGAGGCGGAGCCUAUUGGCAGAAGUGUGUCAUACGAGGACACAAGUAGUGUGGGUGUGGGUAGAGGAGAGGACACGAAAAGAGCCUUCCUUCAAGGGGGCUUGAAUCCCCUCUCCAAACAAGUCUCCCUCUCAUCCUCCAGUAUUCAGGAUGUUGAUAUUUCAUCCAUUGCUCCAAGCAGACCAACCUCGCUGUCGUCACACAACCUCCUGGCGCCAACCCCUUACAUCAGGACCCAAGGUUUCCAAAGGCCUACCUGGUCAUCCGUUAAAUUCAUUCCGAAACCACUGCCCGAUUCGGUGAAAAAUAUUUUCAGGCAGAAAGACACUUGCCAGAAGACAACUCCCUCCGACCGUAUCUCAAAGGGAGGCUGUCGACUGGGGUUUGGUUCCGGCAGGGGUCUGGGUGUAGGGACUGUGCCAACGUCGGCUAUGAUGGGUGGCACUAAGCUGGCUAUAGUUGCACCCUUGAAUACCUCAGAGGGAUCAAAGGCCAUGACGCAGUCCACCUCUGCCCCUUCUCCCAAAGCCAGUCAUCUAGAACUGACAAAAAACGGCGAAAACAAGUCCAAGGUGGAAACUUCAUCUCAACUGAUAUCAAAAGCUAUUCAACGACUGGCCCCACGAACUCAGGACGUUCAAAGUGUAUCAAACGAUGUCAAAGAACUAUCGGAGAAGCACCCACUUCUUCCCAAGGCCACUUACACCGGACACAUCUCAGAAGCUCAUGACCAGUCAUCACUCAAGCCUCCAUUGCAGUCAUUCCCUUCGUCGCAGAAUCUUUCCGUGACAAAUUCUCGUCCGCAGUUGCCGGUGUCAAAAACUGCACCAUCGUCGCCCACCUCUCCACGUGACGUUCCCUUAAGACGCAGCUUUCAGGACUUAUUCAAUAAUCCAAGUCGAAGCGCACCUGUCAAUUCAGCUUUAUGGAAACCCAACAGGUUGCGACCGUCGUCCCUCUCGGUUUUUGACCAGAGUGUGCAGAGUGGUGUUGUCGGUAAAGGUGUGGGCGGGGGUGUGAUGGAGGAUGGCACAUCCCAGGCCCCCGUAACUGCCCGUCUCGUGUCUUCCUCCAGCUCAGUGCCUGCUUCUACCCAAAGGAAAUCAAGCUCACUUCCUGGCCACUACUCCCGUGGGUCUCACCACUACCAUGCAGUUCCUCAGACUUUCCGUGAUGCCUUCACUACCAGCAAAAGCCCCACACCUCAUCAAGAUGGUGUUUAUGCUGUUUCCAGUGUCCCUGCUGCCCCUCCCCGUGGACCAGCUAGCCCAAGAGGACCAAGGGAGACCACUGUCUCUUCCAUUCACCAACAGCAACAACAAAGGCAGUGGUUGCAACAGCAGCAGCAGCAACAACAACAACAACAACAGCAACAGCUUUACCAACAGCAGAUUUACCAGCAGCAACAGCAGCAGAAGGAAUUGCAAAAAUUGCAAGUACAAAAGCUGCAACAGCAGCAAUUAUCACAACAUCAAAAGUUAACAGAACAAAACCAGAAACCCCAGCAAGACCAACAAAAGGCACAUCACCAAGAGAAAUCACAAAAAUCACAAAAGACAAAAAAUCAGCACAACCAAAAACAAAAUUCUGAUAAACAGUCGUCCCAGACAGAGAAAAAGAAACGUUCUAUACUUAGUGGUAUUUUCAGGAGACGCAAGAAAGAAGUAAGUAGCAGUUCAAGUAGCAGCAGCAGUAGUGAUAGUGAGGAACCUUCACAUAAGCGUGCAAUCCUUAGGCGCCGCAGUAAAAAAAGAAGUUCAAAAGAUCCACUUCCUCCUCCACCUCCACCACCACCUACUGAAGCAUACCUUCAAGACAACAGCAAUUCAGAAUAUGGAAAAAUUGGGGACUCCUCUCUACAUGACAUCAGUAAUAAGACUUCUUUUGAUGAAAGAACAACUUUCCGGGUUGUAGUCAGUAACACUGGAAGUAUGGGAAGAGAAUAUCAGCCACUAGGUAUUCCAGUUUCACCCCCUCAACCAGGGCCUUUAUAUCGGAGAGGUGUAUCAACUUCUCACGAUUCUUUGUCUGUAAGUACAGGUUCAUGGGCACAUGGUCUUCAUGUAUCUCAAAGUUAUUACUCAGGUGGUGGUAUGGGUAUGCGAAGCUCCAGCACAGACACUCUAGGAAAAAAAGAGAGGCGAGAAGCAUUAAAGGCACGAGUAGAAAGGCUUAGAGAAAAAUUUAGAGAUACGAGCUCUGAUGAGGAGAAGGCAUCUGUAUCAUCUCACUCUAUGCAUGGAAGUGAGUCUAGUUUGAAUAACACAAACUCCUUAACUAAGCGAUCAAGGGCAGCCAGAACAGAACGUUUUUUAAGGCGAAAGUCUCAGGAACUUGAAACUUUGAGAACAGAGACUGAAAAAGACAGGCGUAAUCGAGAAGUUGUUCAAGCCAGAAUUCAAGAAAUACAACGAAUCAGAGAAUAUGAGGCAGAGAGGAACAAAUUGAAUGAUGAGCAAAAGCAACUGCCAGAUAAAACUAAACCAAGAUGGAGUGCCAAACUUGUGUAUCAAGAAUCUAGUGAAUAUGAAUCUUCAGUCCUACUUCAAACACCAACGGCUAGUCCUGCUGCAAGUCCUCACAUGAAAAAUAAAUUUGCAGGUCACACUCUGCCUUCUUCAUCUACAAAUGACAAGGUAGUUAUCAUGAGAAACAAGCCUCAAGCUCAACAUGCUUCUAUGACUUUUGGUUUGGUACCUCCUAGUGGAUCUACAAUUAGGAGAAGCUUUCAGGACUUUGAGACACCAGUGCAAGGUGAUUUAAGAGGACAUAGAAGUGCAUCUUAUGACAGUAAUAUAAACAGAGCUUCCUUUGUAAUGCAGAGUCCUUAUGGAAAUAAUUUCAAUGGAAUCUCUACUGUUAGCAAUGUCCAUACCAAUCGAUAUGGCCUGACACCUCCAGCCCCGCCUCCCAGAGAUCGAAGUCGUAUAAUGUCUCCAGGGGAUAGGAGACCUAUGUCUUUUUCUUUUGAAAAUAUCAAUCAAGAGGUUCAUCGACCAAAUUCAAGCCAGUCUAGUAUCAGCAAUUUCACAAAAGGUUCUAGUCCCAGUCCUAGUGUAAGGUCAGUGCCAGCAUACUUCGGCCCUAAAACCAAUAGUCAACAGCUUGAACCUCCUCCUUUCUCAGUUUCAAAUCGACGUUCAUUUUCUGAACAACAGUUAUCUCCACAAGAACAGGUGCAACUGAGACAAAACUUUGGUGCUCCUCCUGCUAGACCAGCUCCCCCAGUAUAUUCAGGUACCCAGUACAGGUAUACUGAUCAACCACCAAACACCUAUCUUUCAAACCAGAGUAGAACCCAAUCACAACAGUCUGUAGAACCUCAAAACUCUUGUACUCCUGGAUCUGUGCAGUUUUAUACAGAUCAGACACCUCAGUAUGCAAAAAUAGUUCCAGUUAGUAGCAUUCCUCCAUCCCCUUCAUCAGAUUAUUCCUCAUAUGUAAGUGAUAAUAGCAUCAGAUUGCAACAAGCAAACACAGCAUGGAGGCAAAAGGAACAAGAAAUAAAAAGUAGAGUUACAUCUCAGAUAGUGCCUCAGAUUCCCAGUGAUUCUUCUCGAUCAAAUAGCCCUAAAGUAGAUAAUCUGUAUCCAAGUGGUAUUGGUCCACAUUCUUUAGGUAGUCAACAAAGAGAUGAAGUUUAUGGCACCAUCCAACCUAAAUCAUCACGUCCUCCUCCAAUUAGUUUAAAACAAGCUGAGUCCCUCAGUUCUCUUUCUGGUCAGAGUGAUGUUUCUAGCCCUGUUCCUAAGAUCAUUGAUUCUGACUCCAGUCAGGGCAGUCUUGCCAAAGAAAAGAAAAAGCCACCACAUAACAGACCCCUUUCAAUGGUUUUGGAGAAGUCUGAAUCUGCUGAAAAGGAAUCUCCCCCUCAUACACCAAAAUCUAGACCGCAACCUCCACGAAGAAAUCACCAGCAAGCAACAGAUUCUAUCCGCGAAACUUCAAGGCGACAGAAGUUUCAACAGAUGAUUAAGCAAAAAAUGGAACAUCCUAAGGAAAGGACUGAAUAUCAAAAAGAAUUUGAAGAAAUGUUCAGAAAAGAGAAAGAGAGGCUAGAGAGGAGUAAAUGUAACAACUUUGAAGAAGCUCUACAAGAAUUAGAAGAAAUCUAUGAGAGCCUUAAGUUAGAUAGUGAAGAUUUAUUAGAUGGUGCUGAGAGAAGAGAUUUGCCUAUUGCUCACCAAAAGUUAAGAGAUGAAUAUCAGGAAACAAGAGAUGAUUCAGCUAGUGAAAAUGGUGAAACAGACUCCACCAUUCAGUGCCAAAGCAGGUCAAGAACACCAAAGUUGCGUCGCUCAGGAGUACCUGAUAAGAAAAUGGAUGAUAUGCACUAUCGCAGAUGUCAGCAAAGCAUACGCAAUCAACCUGAUGUUCAAAAAGCUCUUCAGAUGACUGGUAGCUAUUUACUGCUUUCACCAGCUCAUACAACUCCAGCUGAACUUGAUACUGACUUGCCAAAAGAUCCAAUGCUUGAAGGGGAACCAGAUGUUGUAUAUGAUGAUGUUUCCUAUCGAAACAUCAAACAAGCCAAUUCUAUCAAAGUAAUAGAUCCUCAGCCACCAUUUGGAAUUCCUCUAGGUCCAACUACACAGGCUUCACCAAAUGAUUACUUGCAUGUUACACCAAAAGAAAAUUACAGACCUAAAAUGAUUGCUCGGAAACAGCCAGAUACUACCAUGGAUGAUUUGGCUUUUAGAAAUCUGCGGAAAGAUCAAAGGGAUCAUACAGGUAAGGAAGUUAACGUUGCUGAGCUUGAUGAACUUCUCUCUGAGGUGAAUAGUGAUUCACCAAUACACAGGAGGAAAAUGGUUCGUUCCGCAUCAGCUGAUCGUGCAAGGACCAUACGAAAUGACAGUGAACAAGCCCAAAACAAAGACAAAGGUACUAAACUUCAAACCCCAAGAAGGGUUAAGCACCAACAUGAAUCAAGGCGUGCAGGUCGCUUUACAGAGAGCUUCAAAGAUGCUGUUACAGAUUCUGAAUCAAUAAAUUCAUCCCCUCUAGGCCCCCGUCAUAACCCUAGCUGGCUAGAAAGAGCUAACCUGCUUGACAAUAAAUGGGAUAAUUUAAGCACAAAUACACUUAGUACAAGCACAGAAACUCUUACUGAAAUGUCAUCUGCUAGAGCAGUCUCACAACCUGACAUUCGCCAAGCAAUCAUCCGGGAAGCUCGUGUACCUCCUGGUGGGCCCACAGAAAUGAAAGUUUCAUCUGAAAUCUCUAUACCAUCAGCUGCAGCAGUUAAUGUAACAUUUAAACCCAUCUCUGUACCAAAAUUAGUGAAAGUUCAAACGAUACAAAGUGCCCCAGUGUCACCAGUUGUCGUGGAAAAGAAGCCAUACAGACCUUUAGAUAGCAUAUUUAACAAUAAACCAAAGCCUUUUUAUUUAUCAGACUCUAAAAUUUCAGACCAACAAAACAGAAAAGAUCACGUUGAUAUUGCCAAGCUUGACGCUCUUAUUUCUACUUUAUCCAAAAUUGAAAAUAACGAAGAAUCAAGUGUGAAUAUUCAAGAAACCCCUCAAAAUGAUGAUGGAAGUACGAAAUCAAGUAAUUCAAUUGAAGAUUCGCUAUGUGAUAGAAAUCUACAGUCUCCUGUUGCCGAUCAUGCUGAAGAUGAGAAGCUCUAUGCCAAGGCAAACAUUCAAAAGGCCAUCAAGUUAUCUAUGGCCUUGGAAUCAAGUAGCUCUGAAGGUAAAAGGGUGUCUUCCCGUAGACGUAGUGCAAUAGACUUACCAGUUCAUGAUAAUGAGCCUUCCAGCUCUAGUCUCAGCCUUCUUUCUACUAAUAUCUCUAAUUGUUUGAAUGUUAAUCCAUAUAGUAGCCACUUUCCUAUAAGAAACUCCCCUGAAAGAGUAAAUCUUCUUGAAUUUCACACUUUACCUAUUCCUGCAUCAACAUGUACUGAUAAGGUAGAAUCAAUGAUUGUUGUUUCUCAAAAUGUGCAUGAUAGAGCCAGGAGAGCUCACUCUGUACCAGCGUCACCAAUAGUAGUUGAAGAUGGUCCUGUAUUUAGUAAAGUAUUUGAAGUAGCCUUAUCGAAAAUGUCCAGAGAAAAAAAUAUUGAGAACCAGAAACCUGUCUCAGAAUUUAAAAGUUGUGAAAUUGCUAAGACAAAUGUGCAGGUUAUGCCAAUGAAGGUGGGGUCAUCAACUGAUGAUCCUGUUUCUCUGUCAAAUCCCCAUAUUUCUGAGCUUAAUGACAAUCAAUCUGUGUCAGUAGGAAAAAAUGUUUUAGAUGCUGAGCCUGGAAGUGCAUGUGCUUAUGGCAGUUUUUCUUCAAACUCCUCUGGUAAUGAAAAUUCACUUCUGCAUGCUGCUCUUGAUCUUCAUGGGAAUGCAGAGCGCGAGAGUGAUCGUUACAAAGAGAAGGCUGACAGCAGUGGUCUUAGUCUGGAUUCUUUUGAAGUACCACCCCCACCUUUGCGCUCUUCCUCUUUGCCUCCUUCUCCAGCUCUCCAACCGAGGUCUUUUGCCUUCAACUCUGCUGUACCUUUCAGUGGGCCUCCCUCACCCACAGGGCUCACAUCCUGCCAACCUAACCACAGGAUGCGUGGUGCUAGCUUGCCAGUCAGUGGAAGUGCUGCAAGUGGCAGCAGUUCUGAGGCUGAUGAAAGGAAUACUUUGGUAAGGGCUGGUUCUUUGCCGCCAACCUCAUGGCCCCUGAGAGAAGAACGCAAGACUCCUAGAAACCGAGGAGAUGUGGCUAAUCGUGGGUCACAUCCUUGUCCUUCAGGAGAUCGAGAUGAAGACCAGGAGAGGCUCAAACGUUACCAUAUCGCCAAAGAAUCCUCGUCUGCGGUGAAAGAGCGCAAAGGAACCCAUGCUGAUCCCUCUAGAGGAAAGGAGAAGAGGAGAAACGAGGUCGCAAAGGAGAAGGAGAGAAAGAAGCCCGACACUGAAAGGCAAAAAGAGAAAGACCAGAGAAAGGAGAAGGAAGUCUUGGACAGCGUCAGAGCAGAGGUAGAGAAGACUCUCAUCGACCGGGAGAGGAAGGACCGGAAGAGAGAGCAUGAACGACUAAGAAUACAGGAGAGAGAAAGUCACAGGGCAGAUAGAGAAGGAAGACGACAGCUCCCAGUCACGAGUCCAGAGAAGAGCAAACCGCCUGACAGGGACAGGAGGCAGAUCGAGCCUGAUCGCCAGAAAAGUCGGAGUCAGGAAAGAGAGAGACAGCCACAGUGUACGACGAAGGAGAGUCAAGGUAUAGUCUGCGAGAACACAAUUCCAGACAGCAAACAGAGAGCAGGUAGAGAAAAGAAGAGUCCAGCUGAGCCAAAGAAGGGAACAGACAGAAAUAAGGAAAGUUCAAGUCAAGAAGAUGAAGGGCCACCUGUGUCUCUACCCCUUCAUAAAAAAGAACUAAGCAGCAGCAGCAGCAGUAGCAGCAGCAGCAGCAGCAGCAGGGAAGAGAGCCCCGAGAAGAUGGUCCAGCAAAGCAGCAGCGGAGGCGGUGUAGGUGCGGGGAUGGGGAGCGGCGGGAGUAGUGGUGGGUGUGCCGGGGGAGGGUCUCAGACUGACCUGACGGAGACCGAGAGAGCCGAGAUGGAGCGCCGAGAACGCAUCCAGAGAUACAAGGACGAAAGGAGGAAGCAGAUUGCUGCCAGGUAUGGCAAUGCUGAGUGGUCGUCAUCGGAGGAGAGCGCCACUGGGGAGGAGACCUCAUACAAAUCCUACAGGCGGCGACGGCGGGCUCAGCGCUCCGACGGCCCCGACACCUCCUCCACUGAACAGCUCUCCAAGAAGCAAGAGAAUGGUGGCCGAGGGUCUUCUGAAGGCCGGGGACGUCGACUCACUGGCGGCUCUUCGGAGGAUUUGGCAGGAAGUCGACCCAACAGAACUGCUCGUCCUCGUCAAGGAGCUCGUUCCUCUUCAGGUGUUCUGAGUAACAGCAAUGUAAACAACAACAACAACAACAAUAUAAACAAUAAUAACAACAUCACCAUCAAUAAUAACAAUGCCGUCCAAGAGUCAACCAGAGACGCUACAUUGUUGACAGAAGGUGUGGGAGAGAGAGGUCGAGGAGAAGCAUCGCCCGAGUUGACACCAACCAAGAGGCCCCAGGAUCAGGGUGAGUUACGUGGAGGAGUAGGGGUCGACUCUGCAGACUCCACCACUCUGAGUGGCAGCGAUGGGCGCAGUGGGCGCCGUCGAGCAGCAGGGGAAGAACGAGACAAAUCCAAUAAGCGCAAGUCCAACCUUAAUCGCUCGACCACUACUGAGGAGGUUGUGGAUCCUUACCCGCCUUCUGCUCUUCCCAGCGACAGUAACGAGGACACACCAAGGCGACGGCGACGUCGAGCUCCUGUAUCUCCUGUAGGGGGAAGUUUUUCUUCCGUGGGGUCAUCUGAGCCACUCAAGACCCCUGAGGUAGUGCGUCAUGUUGUGUCGCGACUCACGCCCCCUGCCAGCCCUCCCACCCAUGCAUCACCGCCUUCACCCACACGCUCUCACCUGUCUCCCCAGCCAACCCAACCACCUCAUACUUUCCAGCCUAUACAGCCUGCCACUACACAAGGCACAACACAAUCUGCACCAUCCACUCUUGAUGUCCGUUCACGCUCCUCACAGAGCCACUCUCAGGAGUCAAGACGUGCAAGUUCAGGAUUAGGGGAACGCAGCGAUCGCUCUGAAACAGAUGACACUUUGCGUAAAGUGCCUCCAAAAUUGGCACCUUUGCGGAAACCUGAUAUUCCCGAUGUAUUGCGACCAAAAGAAAACACAUCACUAUCAUCCCCAGGUGUAGUUAAUACCCCCCCAAGUUCACGACCGUCCUCUGUAGUUCUUGAAAAGCCGCCACCUGCACCUGAAGGUGUGAGACCUGCAGCUUUUCGUUCCUCUCUUCGGAAGCCUCCAGAUACAGGUACUUGUUUUAUGGCAGCUCGAAGAGAAAAACGUGACGAAGCAAAACCAGAAUUUUUCAGAGAAGUUCAGCCAAAGCCUAAGAAAGGGGACCGAUUGUCUAAAUCUGAUAUGAAUCUUAAAGCUGAAUCUAGUUUCUGUGGGAAGUCGCAUGACCCAACAAUGCCUGGAAAUUCUGAUUUGGAAGUAUGUACUUCAUCUCCUUCUCUGAAUACAGACUCUGUUGCUGGCAGUAUGACAGAAGAAGCAAUGAGUUGUCAUUUGGAAGCCUUAACUGCCCAGGCAAGAGACACAUUAGAACGGGCUGACACCUUGAAAGAUGAAUUGCUUCCACCUAUGCCAAAAAAUGUUCCACCUGAAGAUAGUGCUGAAAACAUGGUCAAUGAGUGUGAACAGUAUCUUAAUGUAAAUGCUCACAGCAAAAAGGAUUCCAGUCCUCGCCUUUGUCAUCGUGACCUUUCAUUGACUGGUACUUCUGUUAGUACACUACAAACUCCUUCAACUAUGAAGGGUAUUGUUUCUGACAGUGGUCAGAAAAACGGGGUCGGGGGCUCUGAAGGGCAUGGUAAAGAAAGUAAGCGGAUGGCUUUGGAAAAAGAAAUAAGUAAAGAUGCAGAUGAACCAAAAAGGGAAAAAGGUGCUACAGUUGCCUCCGCUAGAACUUCAGGGCCCCCGAUUCCGGCUUUUCAAGCAGAUGAUGAUGUUAGUCCUCCACCAGAAGAAGUUGUUCAUGGUUUACAGCAUACUGGAUAUGAGGAUGAGGAUGAGGGCUCCCCUGAUUCAUAUUCAGUGAGAAGUCCAAGUCAUAGUGGUGGAAAACGAGGGUCACGGCGUUGUUCAUUGGAUGAGGAUGUUCCUCGCACAAAUUCUCCUGAUCCACAGUCGAUAUUGAAAAGACGUUCAUCAAGAGAAGAUGUUGUUCCUGAUCGUCCCACAACGCCCGAACCUCACAGUAUUCUUAAGCGCAAGACCAGCUCAAGGAAUUCAAGUAUUGAUAUUUAUGAUGGAGAUCCAAAGCCAAUUUUGAAGAAGAAAAGUAGUGUUGAAGAGUUAGACCAUUUUGAACCAAGGCCCAUACUUAAGAAAAAAUCCUCAACUGAUGAUGAACUUGAUGACAGGCCAAGGUCCAUUUUGAAAGGUGGAAGAAGUAGGGAAGACCUUGACAUUGCUGAAGGUCUUUCAUCCCCAAAUCCCAUUCUGAAAAGGUCUCCCCGUUGUGAGAGUGAAGGUGAGGGAGAGUUACGACCUAUUUUAAAGAGACGCGAGACAACGGACGGUGUUCGUCUUCGAUUGCAUGUGUCUGACGGAGAAGAUGUGGAUGGUGAGACUCCCAGUGUAAGAGUGAGAAGUGACUCUGCACCUGAGGCAGCAAUUCGCAUGCGUGGACACUCACCUCCUGCACUCUCUGCUGCUCCAUCUCAUGGUAUUUUAAAGAAACGAGGCUCUCACUCCCCUGGUCGGCUUGACCAGAUGGACAAUGAACUUGGUGCCAUACUAAGGUCUCGUAGGUCUAACGGGGUGGAAGGUAAUGACAGUAGCAAUGGAGAAGAAACACCUGCGAGGCCUGUUAGUCCAUCGCUCGUUGCUUUAACAAGAAGGGAGUCAUCAGGACGUUCUGGUGACAGACCUCUUAGUGUAGCAGAGAGAGUUGCAGGAAUGGAAGCAGCCUGUCAGGAACCAGUUCCUUCUGCUGCUUCAUCUUCAGCUCAACAACGGUCACCUACCCCAACAAGAAACCCGGGUGCAAGACCCAAGGUUAUGCCGUCCCCCCCGGAACGUCCUGUUUCUCUCACGGACAAGGACAGAGAAAGUCGAAGAAAUAGCAGCAGUGCCUUUGGCUUGACACCAGAUUCACCACCAGGUGAUGAUGGCGUUGAGGCAAUCAACGAAGCAUUUUUGGACCGUCCAGUUGUAGCUGAAGCCUACAACAGUGCCAUGAUAUCUCAGAACCUGGAGGGAACACCCCAUUCCAGUUCAUAUGAUGUACUACCUUCUUCUGUUUCACAAAAGGCAGCCUUUUUCGCACAACUUGAGCAGAAGUCUGUGUCUGACACCUCUUCAGUGGCCAAGCGCACUACUCGUUUCAAUCACAGAAGAGAUCGAGGAGCAAGAUUUGAGGAGAUUGCAAACUACUUUGAAGUACAUGCUACACAACCAGUCACUGAAGAUGAAGUUAGUCAAGCUUCCCGUCUUGCUGAAGCCUCUGAUUCAGGUUCAGCCUCUCGUGAUUCUGACUCUCCUCUGCAUAGAGAUUCCAAGCUUUGGAUGCCUGCUACACAAGAGACCAGUGGCAGUCAUGUCAAGAACAGCAUUGAUGACAAUAGCAUUGCUGCGAGUAGUGUUGAAGCUCGUGUGGCAUUGUGGACUCAGAGGAUGGAACAGGAACUAGCACCCUCUCGCCCUCUUGAUGGUGCCACAGGUGCUCGUCGCCGUUCUCGAUCUUCCCGUUACAAGACUCAGCCUGUGACUGUGGAGGAAGUGGCCCAUGCGCAUGCUCUGAAUAACCAACAGGCAAUGAAUCCCCUAGGAUGCAACUCUGAGGAACAGGAAAUAGCAAGUGGAUUUCGGGCCACUCGUGAGGCAGUUAUGAAGUCUGCUGGAGAGGUGAUACAGGGUCUCACCCCAGGGUCUUCACCAAGGCUACGCUUAGCAACCAGGAAAACUUCUCUCAAUGAACCAGAGGAAAACUACUCAUCAGAUUCUAUACGAGGAAUUUUGAAAUGGGAGGGCUCUCUGGGAAACAAAGAGAUACCACGAGAUAGUCCUCGUUCCAUAUUGAAACACUACUCUUCGGAUUCUCGUCGCGCAUCCUUUUCUGAGUCUGAUCAGCCAAGAGGUAUUUUAAAGCCAGAGAGUCCUUUACCCCCUCCUGUAGGAUCUCCUGACCAUGAAACCAAGGUACUCAGGGGAGUCUUGAAAAAAGACUCAAGCUUAGAGGAUUCCAAGGAGAUCAAAUCUAUAUUAAAGCCAGAAUCUGAAUUCCUGGAUCCAGAUCAUUCCUCAGAUUCUUCCUCAGAUGAUGUGACUUUGACUACUGCAAGCACUCCACAGAUACCUGAGUGUGAUAUAGCAGAUUCCAUUCGUGAAAUAGACCCCAUUCGCCAUAGAGAAGAUCAGUACAAAGUAGAUCUUCAUAAAGUAGACCCUUACCAUCGUGCUGAUUUUGCAGAAGCUCUGAGACAGGUUGAACCUAUUAAAGCUAAAGAUGACCUUGCUGAAGCUCUUAGGCAGAUAGAGCCUAUUAGAGCAAAGGAGAGAGGCAAGGAUAAGGAAGAAAAGAUUGAUACAGUUUCUUCUCUUGAUAAUUAUUCCUAUUCAUCUGCUAAAUUUACAAGCAGUAUGGCAGCCACAAUGGUAUCUUCAACAGCUACUAGUACUUCAUCCACUGAAAGUGAAACAAAAACUACUGUUAUUAAAAAUGAAGCCAUUAUGAGAAGAAGAAAUGCACAUUCAAAGAAAUAUGAGGAUAGGCGAAGUAUGGUGGAGUUGCGCAGCCUUGAGAAGGCGAGUGAAGUCAUUGAAGAGGCGGCGAGAGACGCAGCCUCCCUUUCCUCGUCCUCUCAGGCGGAGGCCACAGCGACGACGACGACGAGUGAGUCUUCCGACUCGGGCGACGGAUUCUUGAGGAGCAGCCCUUGGAGAAGUAGCGGGCGACGGUCGCCCGCCGAUAUGGACGCUACGCAGAUUCUGAGGCAGUCCCCUCUGUUCCGGAACCGGACUGCUUCCCCUUCAAACUCCCAAGAAGAAGGCGACAGCCCUUCCAAAGACGGCGCCCCGGCUGCUGCGCUUCGGAGUUCUUCUCCUAUCUCGUCCAUCAACGCCAGAUUAGCGGCUCUACAAAAGAAUGGGGAGGAUGGAUGGAAAAGCAGAGUCAAGAAGGACGGCAGUGACGCCAACUCUGAGGUCAAACUCAGGCCGAAGUCUUCAGUUGGCCAACGAGAAAGACCUGUCAGUCUUAUGGAAAGAAUGUCUGCCCUUGAAACAUCAUCCCAGCAGUGGAGAGGUCGAGUUACUCAGUCAGAUGCUGCCAAGUUUACAGUGGCCCAUAAAAUUGCUUCUCAGUCUGCAUCUAAUGUGCCAUCACUUCUCAGUGGUGGAAGUCCACAAGUCACAGUUUCACCAGAUCUGUUAAGUACGCCAACAGGUAGUCCUUUAGCAGAACGCAAGAAGAGAUCACCUUGCCAGAAGAUCUUCAAAAGUAAAACUGGAGGAAAUAUUCCAUCUAUCUUGAAUAAAUCCAGCCCAGUUGCAUCGAGGAAGGAUUUCAGAAGAAGUUUCUCCUCUCCAAAUGAUAAUGAGAAAAAUGACGUUGUCAUCGAGGGAACAAGUGUUUCAGUACCCCAAGCAGAUGAUGAAACCUUUGAUGCAUUCUUCUCCAGGACCACAAUAGAAUCUGUUCAAGAUGAAACACUCACCCUUGGAGAUGAAGAUUUGGAUCACAUCUCUGAAACAGCGUCACAACUAUCUCUGGAAGAGGAUGAUUUUGUUAUUAAAAGGCGUAGUGUGCGUGUGAAUCGACGUCAGGGCACCACCCGUAAUCCACUGAGAGCAUUGGCUGCACGUGAAGAUAUUAAAGCAGAAUAUACAGAAGUCAAAAUGGGUGUUGGAGAAAGAGAACUUAGGAGAAUGAAGGUUGAAGAAUUGUCAAAGGCAUCACCAAUGGCAGUUGAAGCUCUUGCUGGUCUUGCCUCAAAGGAGAACUUCUCAGCUGUUGCCCUAAAGAAAGUGGAAAAUAACCCUAUAGUCCGUGAGAUGGCACCAUAUUCUUCUCUGAUGUUACUGCAAGUAAAAGGAAGGCGCCAUGCACAGACAAGAUUGGUUCAACCUAUCAAAUCCAGUAUUAAUCAAGGAGAUGACUUCAUUCUUAUAACACCUAGUGAUGUUUUCCAUUACAAGGGUGAAUUUGCCAAUGUUAUUGAGAGAGCCAAGGCUGCUGAAAUUGGUCAGUACAUUCUUCAACAAAAAGACAUGGGCAUCAGUACAGCAAAGAAUCUCAUAGAGGUUGACGAAAAUUCGUCCAGUGAGAGAAAGAAGAGGUUUUGGUCUUUGUUAGGUGGAGAAAGCAGUACUGUAGCUAAUGUCAGUGGAGCUGUUGAUGAAGAUGGCUAUGUAGAGGCAUCCCUUGUAGCUGCUAAUAAAAUAUAUGAAGUCCAGGAAGAUUCUCUUGUACCUGUUCCAGAAGCCUGGGGGCAGAUGCCAAAAUACGAAAUUUUAAGUUCAGACAAGGUGCUAGUGUUUGAUUUUGGAGCAGAAUUAUACGUAUGGGCUGGAAAACGAGCAUGUGGAGAUGAACGCAAGGUUGGACUUGCUUUAGCCAGAGAGUUGUGGGAAGAAACAUAUGAUUAUUCUGACUGUGAUAUAAACCCAAUUAUGCCAAUGACUCCUCUCUCACAGGCUGAACUGAUAGGGUCCCGACCAGAAUGGGGCAUGUGUGCCAAACUUACAGAAAAUGUUGAAACUAUUCUCUUCAAAGAGAAAUUCAUCGAUUGGCCUGAUACAGCUCAGCAGUCACGUAUUAAGGAAGUGAAGAAAGAUUUAAAUCGUUAUGUGCCUCCAGUGAGUGAACUUCAACCUUGUGAUGCAUCUGUUAUGCUGGAGACAUUACCCCUGGAACCAGAUUUAGUGUUGGAAAUGAGCCAUCUAGGCAGAGGGGUAGAGUACUAUGAUGAGGAGGAACGUCGACUUUUGAGCAUCUCUACUAACGAUUACAAAGUGUGGCAUGUGUCUGAAUAUGGGAAGGUCUUAGUCGAAGCUGCUGUCAACAACCAUUUGUUUGCGGGAGAUACUUACGUGGUUCGAUGGUACUACCUUGUUACUGCUACAGGAAGAACUCUAAAGGGUGAACCUUCCAAGCACAACGUAACUGGCAGAUCACGUGUAGCCUAUUUCUUCUGGCAGGGAAGAGGGAGCUCUGUUUCAGAUAAAGGUGUAUCAGCUUUAAUGACCGUUGAGCUUGAUGAGGAGCGAGGUCCACAUAUUCGUGUCUCAAUGGGCAUGGAACCACCAGCAUUUUUAAACCUUUUCAAAGGAGGAUUAGCUAUACACAUGGGCCAUCAUGAAGAUACCUCAGAAAAGAACUCUUGUCGAUUGUAUGUUGUUCGUGGAGAGAUGGAAAAUGAAGGUCAUUUGGUUGAAGUAGAUCUUGAUGCCAUGCACUUAAGGUCUCGUGGCUGUGUAGUUCUUGUAAAUAGCAUCUCAAGCACCAUACAUUUGUGGCAUGGUGCCAAAGCUCUUCGUCAUACACGAAAGGUUGGUAGUACUGUUGCUCAAAGGCUUUCUCAAGCACCUGAAUCAAUAAUGGGAUGGAAGACUGGAUCAUCUGUCAAAAUCAAGGAGCAGUUUGAAGGAGCAGAAUCCCGAGACUUUUGGGAAGAUCUUGGAACACCAGUCAAGAAUGCCAAAAACAAGUACUUUUCGCUGCUUGAAGAUGAGCAUACAUAUGACUGGACCCCUAGAGUGUGGCAUUUAGCUGCCACCCCUGACUCUUUCCAAGCUACUGAAUUGAUUUGCAGCUACAGAAGCACUUCAGUACCUAACCCACUCCCAAUUUUGCAACAGGAUUUAUACUCAGUACCACAGCCAGCUUUGUUUAUAGUAGAUGGUGGUCAUCGAGUCUGGGUAUGGCAGGGAUGGUGGCCAGCAGAAUCAUCAGAGGGAGAAGAUUUUAGUGCAACUGGCUCUGCAGUUUUGCGCUUUAACUUUGCUCGACGUGCUGCUUUGGAAACCGUACUUGAGUAUUGCAAGCUGAAAGCAAAAGCUCAAGCAAAGAUUUUAGCUGCCAAAAGCUAUAAAAAAGUUGAAAUUGACGUUGAUGUUGUGGAACCUUAUUUGGUAGUAGGAGGGAUGGAGCCAUUGGAGUUCACAAGCUUGUUUCCAGUAUGGAUGCCAAGGGAGGAUGUAACUACAAUUCAGGAAAAGGAAUGUCGCUGGAAACAUGGUGGCCAAUAUUUAGUUAGUGACAUUCUGGCUCAGCUGUCUCGUACAUGUUAUUCCAUCGCUGAGCUGACUACAAGACCACUACCUGAUGGUGCUGAUCCUCUACAUCUUGAGGUGUACUUAAGUGAGGAUGAGUUUAGUAAAGCUUUAGGAAUGACCAGGGAUGAAUUUUACUCUUUACAAACAUGGAAGCAGACUGAAAUCAAGAAAAAAGCAAAUUUGUUUUAAAAUAUCAAUUUCAAAAUGUAGAUCUAUCAAAAGAACUAACAGUAGUUCAUGGUACAAAUUGAUUAUGCAUGGUAGGAAUUCUAAUUCUUCAUGGUGAGGUAAAUGUUCAUGAUAUUCUCCCUUGCAUAUUGUCAAUUGUGAGUUCUUGAUCAUUUUUAUUAUGGGAAAUUAGGGCUACUUCAUUGAACCUUAUUUGCACAAGGCUUCUGUGGUUAUACUAGUAGGUGUGAGUGGAAAGUUGGAGUAUAAAAAAAUCCUUUCCAUCCCUUAUGUCUUUCCAUUUACCUUUGGCUACUGUUUUAUGUGCCUUUUCAUGCUAGCAUGCAUUCUUUUGUCAAUUUUAAUGUCAUUGUCAUUGCAUAUGUAUACUGUAUGGUAUUUCAUAUGAAAGAAGCAAAACUACAGUAUGUCGCACCUCCCCCAUCUUCCUCCUCCUUCUGGCAUAUCCAGGUAACAUUUUCUGUGAGAGUCUGGAUAUUACUUAGCCACAUCAGCCUUACUACUGACACUUUAGUUAUACGUAUGUCAUUUAGUCCUCCAAAAAUUGAGUGACACACAAAGAGCGUGAUAUUAUUUUGCUCUCUCGUGUUACUUGAGGUGAUGCCUGUGCCUUGUCAUUAUUUAAUUCUUUGUUCUUUUGUGGUAUUGUCAUGUGACAGUUAAAUAUAGCCUGACAUGCAAGCCCCUUUAAGUCUAGUCCCAGUAUUGGUUUAUAUGGAAGUGUAUGGGGUUAGAAGUCACACUUUAAUACCAUAUUAAGAUCAAAUAUAUCUUGUACAUUUAGGUACUUAAGAAUGACUUUUUUCAAAUACAGAAAGUGUAUAAAUGGUAAUAUUGAUGAGUAAUGUAAUACGUAUCAUCAAAAUAUAAAUGAAGAAAGUUUAUUCCUUUUUAAUCCUAAAAUCUCUGGUUAAAGUUGUAAAUAAGUGAUGCAUUUGUACUUUAUAUGUUGUAUUUUAUUUUGACGAUGUGAAUUAAUUGAAUAUCUUUUGAUGCAGAUUAGUUAUAUUGUAAAGUGUAAUGUAAAUAUGAAGGCCUUUUUGUAAUUUUGCUACUUUAUAAACUGUACAGAUUUGUUUUACAGUGCCUGCAAAAAUUUUGGGCACUCAUUGAAUGUAGAAAAUUAUGUAAUUAGCCAUUUUCAUGUUUUCUCUACUUGGUUUUGUGAUAUUUAAUCCUAAAGUGGAUCAAGUGAAAGAGAAUUUUUUAUCAUUUCUGUCAGAAUAGCUGGUGUAGAAAUUAAAAUUUUUUGGUUAUAUUUACAAAAUCCAUAUGAAAGUAUUUUUCAUACUUAUUGCUUUAAUUUUUCUUAUAAUGUUCAUUAAUUCUACUAGAAAGUAAUAAGGAUUCUCAUAUUACUUGUAUUAAGCCAAAGAUCGAGUGGCAGUCUGUGUGCUGAUUUUUAUUCUUUCGGAGUUUUUCUUCAAUCCCUGUUUUAGAAAUUCAAUAAUAAGGUUUUUGUCGUUCGCAUUCAGUUUUAUAGAACAAAAUUAUUUAAAAAUUUGUAUUUCUAAAAACUAACAAGCAAAAUUCACGAAAGUUAAAUUGUAUUGCAUCUAUUGGAGCAGUACAGUUUUCCCACAUAAUUAAUUAUUUUAAUGAUUUUACAGUGCUUUCUUCUAAAGUAUGCUUACAAAGUGUAUAUAGAAAUAUGUAAUUUAUGCUGAAUACAUGUGUCUUUCCACUAA